AUGGAAAGUCUUAGAAAUAAACGUGCGGCGUGUCGCAGUGUAUUCACACGCGUAGCUAAUAAUUUGACAUCUCUAUUAGCAGAUUCAAAUAGGGACCCAGUAGAGACAGAAGCUGCAUGGGAACAACUUCAUGUAAAGAUGGACUAUUUAAGAAAAUCUGAUGAUGAGAUAAUGGAUAAAUUAUUGGAAGAGGAAACAUCAGAAGAAACCAUGCUGCAGGAGUUGGAAGGUACCGAAAAAUAUGUAGCUACAUUUACACAGUUAAAGGUGAGAUAUAGUAGAUUUGUUAUUAAACCAUCAGAAGAGGUUAAUAGCGAUGCUAAUAGCGAUUUUACUAAACGACAACGCAAAAUGAAACUACCCAAAAUUGAAUUAAAAAAGUUUGACGGGUCAAUACGAGAUUGGCUGCCCUUUUGGAGUCAGUUUGAAAAAAUUCAUACUGAUGAGACGAUUGCAUUAGAGGAUAAGUUUCAAUAUUUAAUUUUCGCGACUGUGCCGAAUUCUAAAGCUAGAGACGUCAUCGAAGGUUUUCCUCCAACUGCAGGAAAUUAUUCUGAAGCAGUUAACCGAUUGAAAACGCGUUUCGGCAGAGACGAUUUACUCAUAGAAUUUUACGUUCGAGAGUUGUUGAAACUAGUUUUGCGUAAUGACGGUACACAUUCUAAAAAUGAGAUCGCCAGUUUGUAUGAUAAACUAGAGACUCAAAUCCGUUCCUUGCAGACUUUAGGCGUGAAUACUGAUAUGUGUGCGGCCAUGUUGUAUCCGUUGGUAGAAUCGUCUCUGCCAGAAGAAUUCUUGCGCGCCUGGCAGCAAUCGUCAGAUUUUGCAGCAGCGUCUAGCAAUUCUAUGAAUUCUAGAUUAGAUAAGUUAAUGAAAUUCUUACGUUCAGAAGUGGAGAAUGAAGAGAGGAUCACUCUAGCCAUCGAAGUUCACUAA